CCUCUGUGAUCCACUGUCUGUGAUCCUCUGUCUGUGAUCCUCUGUCUGUGAUCCUCUGUGAUCCACUGUCUGUGAUCCACUGUCUGUGAUCCACUGUCUGUCAUUAGUCGACAGCUUAAACUAACUAAUCACAUAUUGUUGGACCUAUAUAAUGUCAAUCAAUAAUGUAUUUCUGUGCUUUGUGUGCAUAAACUGAUACAAACAUAAAGACUGAUGUUACCACAGCUGGAACAACAGGCAGCCAUAUUGUUUUAGAGGAGCUCUACAGUCGGGGGGGGAAUCAAUAACCCACAACGGAGAGAUAUUGAUCAUUUAAGCUGUUGGACUCUAUCUGGACACUGUGAUUGACUGAACCGAUCAGUAAUCAGUAUCAGAGAUCUUCUCCUCACCAAUACGGCAGCCAAUCAGGGAUCAAUGCCUCUGUAUGGAUGUUCUCCAGCUGUUAAUAAUAAUGCAAAUACAAAAUACUUCAACCUAUUUACAGAUCAAUAGAUCAAUAUAUCAGCAGAUCAAUAGAUCAGUGUGUGGGCUGAUAUCAGAUCAACAGAAACUGAUUUUAACAAACAAAUCCAGCCAAUCUUUUUUAUCGGGUCUCUCAGAUAUUGUUCAGCCUCAAACUGUAAUACAUCCUGUUAUUGAUCAUUGGUGAAGAUGAGAUCAGAAACUGAACCAGAACCAGAAUGAAGACCUGGAUCCUGAUGAGAACUGUGAUAUUGAUCCGCACUGAUUGGAAGCCUGAAACUGACCUCAGAGCAGCUGUAAUGUGACAGUAAUGGAAGAGGAGGAGGAAGAGGAAGAAGAGGAGGAAGAGGGGCAAUGACAUCACUUACUCCACCUGGUGGCAUUCCUAGAGAGGAGGAGGAAGAGGAGGAUAAUCCAAAUUCCUCAGCUCCUCUCGGAGUGAAGCAUGCAGGGAAAGAAACGCAGACCACCCCCCUCCUCUUCCUCCUCUUCUUCCUCCUCCUCCUCCUCGCUCUCUGCAACAGCACACGGAGCUUCAGCAGGAGGAGGAACAAUACGCGGAGGAGUCACUGCAGUCUGAUCAGAGCUCCGCGGAGGAGGCAGGCAGGAAGGGGGACGAUGUCCUCCCCGCAGCUCUCCUCGUCCCGCAGACAGUCCUGUUACCUGUGCGACCUGCCCCGCAUGCCCUGGGCCAUGAUCUGGGACUUCACCGAGCCCGUGUGCCGGGGCUGCGUCAACUACGAGGGCGCGGACCGGAUCGAGUUCGUCAUCGAGACAGCCCGCCACCUGAAGCGGGCUCACGGCUUCCAGGAGGGCAGACCUCCCGCCGGAGCGCCGCAGCAGCCGGCGGCAGGGAGGAGCGGGGCGGCCUUACUGAGCGGGAAGGAGCCGCUGAACCCGCCGGAAGCACAGGGGAAGCAGCCCGGAGUGGACCGGUACUCUCUCGGCGCUGACAGCCGUGCUCGGUUCGACUACAGACUGCCGAACGGGUUCAAACCGGAGGACGGACCUCCAGAGCUGAACCGGCAGAGCCCGAACUCCAGGAGCCGAAGCCACGGCGCGCCGGUGCCCCCCAACCUGCUGCCUCAGACCCCGCUGCACGCACCGAGCAGAGCCGCCCCGCAGAGCUCCGCGCUUGGCGUCUCCAUCCUGUCCGACCCCGCCGGGAAGCGGCCCGCCUCCGUGUCCAGCUCGGACCAGGAGCGGGACCUGAAGGAGAAGCAGCGGAACGCUGAGGUCCUGUCCGAGCUCAGCGAGAGCCUCCGGAACCGGCACGACGACUGGACCAGCAGACCGAAGCCAGUUCGGGACACCCUGCUCACCCUGUCCGCCUGCACCCCGUUCGACGUCCGCUUCAAGAAGGACCACGGGCUGGUCGGGAGGGUGUUCGCUUUCGACGCGGUCUCUAAACCGGGUCUGGAGUACGAGCUGAAGAUCUUCAUUGAGUACCCGACCGGGUCCGGGACCGUGUUCUCCAGCGCGUCCGGAGUAGCCAAGCAGAUGUACCAGGACUGCAUGAAGGACUUCGGGAGGGGGUUGUCGUCCGGGUUCAAGUAUCUGGAGUACGAGAAGAAGUUCGGGUCCGGGGACUGGCGGCUGUUGGGGGACCUGCUGCCGGAAUCUCUGCGGGUCUUUAAGGAGGCGGUGGCGGGGGACAUGCUCCCGCAGCCGCACACCGACGGCCCGCUGCUGCCCCCCGGCCUGCAGCCCCCCGGCCGGGCUCCAGCCUCCGGCAGCGGCUGCAGCGGCCCCAGGGCCGGCGUGAGGAAGAGGAAGGCCUCCCCGGAGCCGGACUGCGCGGAGGACCAGCAGAGGUGGCUCAACAGCCAGACCGAGGCCCUCAAACUCUCCCUGGCUGCGACCUCCUUCGGCCCAGGCCUCCCCUCCCCGGAGCCCGCCGCCCCCACGCAAAACGGACAGUCCCCGAUGGCCGCGCUCAUGUCGGUCGCGGACGCGCUCGGGAACUCCCCCAACAAGGACUCGGUCCACUCCACCACCUCCUCCUCCAGACUCAGCAGCAGUAGCCCGGUGUCCCCCGCCUCCGUGUCCGGGCAGAGGCGCCUCUCCUCCCGCAGCGGCGACCUCGGACUGCCCGCAGCCGGAGGUCUGGAGCAGAGCGACUCCCCGAUGGCCAGCAGCGGCCCACUGUGCUGCACCAUCUGCCACGAGCGGCUGGAGGACACCCACUUCGUGCAAUGUCCGUCCGUCCCCGGCCACAAGUUCUGCUUCCCCUGCUCCAGAGAGAGCAUCAAGGCCCAGGGCGCCUCGGGGGAGGUGUACUGCCCCAGCGGGGAGAAGUGCCCGCUGGUCGGCUCCAACGUGCCCUGGGCCUUCAUGCAGGGUGAGAUUGCCACCAUCCUCGCCGGAGACGUGAAGGUAAAGAAGGAAAGAGACCCCUGAGGAGACUGCGGAGACUUCUAACCGUCUGUCAGUGGAGCGACUAUCGAUCAGCUGAUGAUAAUGAUCAGUAUUGAUUAAAUUAUAGAAACACCUUAAACUUUUCAUUUUAAAAUGGAGAAAUAUUAAUAAGGUAAGAAAGAAAAGUCAUAGUAAUUAUCAAUCGUCUGUCAGUGGAGAAAGAACUGAUCAGUUAUCGAUACUGAUCGAUGUUGAUUAAAUUAAAGAAACAGCAUAAACUUUCCAUUUUAUGAUGACGGAGAAAUAUUGAUGAGAUAAGGAAUAUAAAUAAAUAACCCCCUUUAUGUCAGUAUUAUACACUAUUAAACUGUUAAAUGUUUGAACAUCAAAUAGCUGCAACUGAAAAUAUUUAAUUGUUCAGUUUUUCACUUUGAUUUUUAACAAUUUUUUAAAUACAGAUUUUAUUUUUAAUUUUUAAUUUUUUAAGUAAAUUCUUAUUGAUUCUUAUUAUUUAUUUAAAAAUUGAAGAGUUUGACAUCAACAUUUGUCUUGAAAUUCUGAACCUUCUCAACUGGAUUUUUUACAGUUCGUAAUCAAUUUCAACACUUUCAGAGUAUUUGAUCAAAACUAUCCUGAUUUGAUUGUCAAUUAAAGGGUUAAAUUCACUGACUGUAGAGAGAACAGAGACUUUAUUAUUAAUAUUAUUAUUAUUAUUAUUAUCUGAAUAGGCCGAACCAGCAGAUUACAGUCAUUAACACACUGACUGAGUUUAUUUUUUAUAAAACAGUUUUUAAAUGUUUUCAGUCUGAUGAAGUUCAACAGAGACAUAAUCCAAUAAAUAUGAAUACUUUAGUCUUCCAGCUGUAUUUGAAGGUAUUUGGAUGAAGACACUCUUUAUGAUUAUAUACAUAUAUUAUAUUUGAUGUUUCUCUUUGUUGAGUCAGACAUUUCUGAUUAAAUAUUUAGUUUAUAAAAUGUUCAGAUUAGUGGCGUACAGGUGUCAGGCUAAAAUGAUCACAUUGAGAUUAUUCUGAAAUCUCAAUGAGACGUUUGUUGGAUUUGCACUAGAGCGUGAUCAAUAUAUCAGCCUGCUGAUAUUAUUAUUAUAAUCGCAGACGUAUCGGUAUCUUUAUCAGAAUAUUGAUCAGCUCCUCCAGGAUUUCAAAGGCUUAGUUUGGGAUUGUUGAGGCCUCAAACUCCUGAUUUCACUGCAGCUUUUCUAAAAAAGUAAAAUAUUUGUUGAGAUGUUUUUAGGACUUCUUUGUGGAAAUUGCAGAAACAGUUGCGAAGGCAACUUGAUUUUAUGAAUUGAUGAACUGCUCUGAAAUGUUUGUCAGACAUUACAUGAUGUCUCCGACAUUUAUACAUGACAUCAUGGCAACCUGCUGCUAUGUGCUUUUGGGAUUUUUUUUUUUUAAGUUAUUUUUUUGGCCUUUUAUUGCCUUUAUUCGAUAGUGACAGCCGAAGAUAGACAGGAAACGGGGGCAGAGGGCUGCAGGUCGGAUUCGAACCCGGGCCGCUGCAACAACUCAGUACAUGGGUCGCCAGCUCUACCGACUGAGGUAACCAGGCACCCGAGGGAUUGUUGAGGCCUAAAAAUUUCACUGCAGCUUUUCUAAAUACUGAUGCAUAUUGAAAUUUUUUUACAAUACUGUAUCAGCAGCGCAGGGACAGAAGGAGCUCUCAGCAAUUAAAUUAUAAACAUGUUAAAGAAUAUUUAACUGAAUUAUUACUGAACACAGUAACACUGACUUACAGUCACAUCAAUCCACAGAAAAAAGCUCAAUAAUAAUAGAUGACCCCCCCAAAUCAGAGUUUAGAAAUACUGAGCUCAAAGCCACCCACAAAUAGUCUGAACAUGAACUUUUUUCAUUAUUUACAGUUGUUUAAUUAAACUUUAAUUUGAGUUCAAUCUGAAAACCAACUGUUAACACAGCAAACUCACUAUUAACACAACUCUGACUGUAUAGUCGUAAUUAGGAAACUUUAGACAUGUCAAAUAAAGCGUUACCCUUUCCUCACCUCCGCAGUUCUGAUAGAGAAAUAAGUCCUUGUGGGGUUAUUGAUUGCUGAUCAUGUUAGAGCUCAGUGAUUAAACAGAGAGCAGCUUUAAAUCAAUACACCCAGUUAUCUAUUUAUAUUCUACCUUUACUCUGUAAACAUGUUUAGGACUGACUGUGUAAAACUAUUGAAACAACUGACAGAAUAUUAAUCAGCAAUGAUUUUAUUACUGUAUUAUUUUUUGUGAAAUGUUUUGGACUGUUGGUCAGACAUUACAAGAUGUCUCACUAUUUUCUGACAUUUUAUACAUUAAAUCAGAUCUGGGUAGGCAACUUGCUGCUUUGUGUUAUAUGCUAUGCUAUGUGCUAGGCUAAUCUAUGUUGAAAAGACAACCACAUUUUAAAGAUGGUUAAAAAAUAAAAGAGACAAAUAGUCACAUUUUCAGUUAGCUAAUGUUAGCUAACUCUAGCUGUCUAACUAGCUAAUCUACAGCAAUAAUUAGCUAACUAGUUAGCUAGCAUUUUGGUACAGAGCCAGACACUAGCUAGCUAACUAGCUAGCUAAUCUACAUAAAUCGUUAGCUAGCUAGUUACUUCUGAAACAACCAAUUUUUGAUAGUUAAAAGAUAAAUUAUGGGUUGAUCCUAUUAAUUAGCCACCUAACUAGCUAGCUAACAAGUAAUGUAGAUUAGCUAGCUAGUUAUCUAACAUUUAACUGACUAUAUUUAUGUCACUUUUAUCUUUUAACCAUCUUAAAAUCUGUCUGUUUCCAGAUGUGACUAACUAUCUAACGAUUGAUGUUAGCUAGUUUUACUAGAACUAGUAAACCAGCUAUCAAACGAUUAAUGUAGAUUUGCUACCUAGUAAAACGAUGGCUAACCAGCUAGGUGAUGGUUGAUGUAGAUGUAACUAUAUAUAUGUAUCUUUUAUCUUUGAACCAUCUUCAAAAUGUGGUUGUAUUUUCUACAUAGAUUAGCCUAGCAUAUAGCGUAUCUAAUUACAGGAAAGGAGGAAGUUGACUGAGGUUCUGACCGAGGCUUGCUCAACUGUGAUUGGAGCACAGAGCAAAAAAGGGCUUAUGAAGGGUCCAUUAUUAAUUAUUAGAAACGAUUACUUAUAUAUUAUUAUUAUUAUUAAUUAUAUAAAUUUGCAUUUUUAGGUCUUUUAAAUGUCUUUUGGGCGAAAAUUAGCUUAGAUUAUGCUGUAACAAUUACAAAAUGAAACCGACAUGGAAUCAAUACUCCUAAUCAACAUCAUCUGUGCUUUUUUGCCAGUAGGGCUUAUUGUGUUCAUAAAGGUCCUAAAAAGUCAUAAAUCUAACCGGUUUUUACCUAUGGCCAUCAGUUAACAGAGCAAACCCGCCUUAAAGUUCAGGGUCUGCAAAGUACAGCAGUAUAUCGUCAGCAUACAGUCGCUCCACUGACAGAUUUUAAAGCAGAUUUUCAGACUGAGCAGCUGCAGGAAACGUAUAAAUAUUCUACAUGUGGAUGUUUCAGAUAAGAGUGUUUGUGUCGUCGUGGCGGUGACGGAGGUGUGAAUAGUGGUGUUGUGUUUAAACAGACAGGUUCAGAGGGUGAGACACCUUCAUCAUUACCCCGUCAGUUUGUAAAAAACAGUUUUUAUUUUUUAUACAACUAUUUAUUUGACUUUUUACAAUCUUUUUCUUUUUUUUUGCAUUAUUAAUGUUUAUAAUGAUCUUUGUAUAUUAUUUAAUUAAAAAGUUUUCAUUUUCUUACUGCAAUAAAGCUUUUUUCUGUCGGACUUCCUGUUUUUCUUUUUUACAUUUAAGAGUUGGUUCAGUAGAGAACAAAGCAAGAAAACGCCCGCCUGUUUCUGUUUUUAUUUUGGACUCUUUCUGUUCCUGUAGAUUAAAACUGAUGAAACAUUUGAUCUUGUAACGUGCCUUGAAGCUGAGUCAGUUGUAAUAAAUUCCAUUGGUAUGAACCUUUUCACUGA